AAAUGGAAAUAAAUUAAAUACUCAAUUAAUCUUCCUUAUUUGGACUAUGCGAUAAUUACAAUGUUGUUACUUAGUAUUUAAUUCACUCAUCACUAUUGUGGAUUACGUGGAUUAAUCAUAAAUUGACCAUAAAAAAUGGUGGAGAAACUGUCAAAUUCGUAUAUAAAUGAAGUGGGCAGCGAACGUCCCCCUUUUCUAACCUCAAAAAUGCGCGAGAAGUGUUAACAUUCUGAUGGUGAAGUGAGCUAAUUUUAUCAUUUAAUUGGUGUUAAAGUGAACGGAUUGCCACAAUGCCUUCCAAGAAAAGAAAAUACAAUGCAAGGUUUCCAGCCGGGCGAAUCAAGAAGAUUAUGCAGACUGAUGAGGAAGUGGGGAAAGUUGCCCAGGCAGUGCCAAUCAUAAUCUCGCGAACAUUGGAGCUGUUUGUGGAGUCUCUGCUCAGUAAAGCGAUGCAGGUGACGAUGGCGCGGCACGCGAAGACUCUCAGCCCUUCGCAUGUUAAGCAGUGCAUCCUGGCCGAGUCCAGGUUCGACUUCCUUAGGGAUCUGGUGAAGAAUAUCCCAGACGUCUCGGUAGCGGAAGAAAAAGAAAUGAUGAGUGCCGAAAGCUCUCCGAAUUCUUCUAGAUUUUCGGACAUGCCCGUCCCUCCCCGGCGGAUAGCGCGGGAAGAUUCCAAUAGUUCGAGCAGUAGUGACGUCAAAAUAGUACCUUUACAACCGCCCCGGGACCCCGUGCGGAGAGCACUGUCCACCGAGACGGAACCGCCAAGCAAACUAGCGCGAACUGAGACCGUCACCUCCACCUCACUAGAUACAGCCAUAGACCUAUCAAAGAAGUCAACAGAAGAAAAACCGGUUGUUACCGCAAACUUUUACCAAGAGACGUUAUUAACCGACGAAGUCCAGCACAGAAGUGUGAUCAAGCUCAACCCUACGUACUCAAGUCCUCAACCGUCAACGAGUUACACUCCCGAACCUCUUAAAAUAGACAUGGUGCCAAAGCCAGCGGUGAUAGAGAAACCAAUUGUAGCACCUAGGACUCCUGUCACGCCAAUAACGCCUAUACUAAAUAUAGAUUUUACGAAAAAUUUAACAAACCCAGAGAUAAAAUUGUUGGACACUGCUGCUAUUGUCAGUGUACCUAAAAAAGAGAAUUCUUUACGACAAAUCCAUAGGCAAAACUCUAAAUCGGGUAGGCCCGAAGUGAAAAAGAUUGAAAUUAAGCCGAUCCAGGCGCCCCCAGUUGAUAUAGACAGUUUGAAUUCUGGAAAUCUACAGAUUGAUGAAGACUAUGAUACCUGAGUAUGUAUGUAAUUUUGUUUUUGUUUUACGUUUUUUUUUUGGUGCGAUAUUUAUUUUCCGUAUUCGAUGUUUUAAUGUUUAGGUUUUAACUAAUAGUUAUGUACUCAACGACUUAUGAUUUGACUUGUUGACACAGAGUAUUAAAGAAUGGAGUGCCAGGUUCUAGGUACAUGAUAUUUUGUCUUGAAAAUAAAAACUCCUUAACUUUUUUUUGAUGUUGUCGCACACAUAAAAAGAUCAAUAAGUUCAUAAAAGUAAAACAAUACUUUUCUCAUCCUUUAUUUUAAUACUCUGCAAUGUAUUUUCAUGAUGGUUGUCAACAAGCUUUUAAAACGCUCUAUUUUAUUUCGUCAUUCACACAAGGUAUCGAAUAUUUGUAUAAUGUUUAUAAGGAUUUUUAUUAUCAUAUGUGUAAUGUGUUAUUUUUUUAUUGCAACAAAUAACAUGAUUGUUAUUAAAUUUAUUUUAAUUGCGGAUAAUGAAUAUCGCGGUCCAGUCAAGUUGUUUACCAAUUUAGAUAUAUGAAUGGUAAGUUUUCAAAUCUAAUAUGUUUUUAUGGGCGAUAGAGUGUGGUAUUCGUAAAUGUGGGAUUUUCAGUAUGCCUAGUCUUUUUUCUUCUUUCUCCUGCCCUGUUCCCAAUUUUACUUGGGGUCGGCGCAAUAUGUACCUAUUAAAAAUAAGGUUGUUAAUUUAAGACACCUUAAAACCUAAAAUUGCAUUGCCCAUCGUAAGAUUUCAAAAUACUGCAGUCGCUCAAGUUAGGGUUAAGCAAAUAUAAUAUUUGAUUUAAUAUGAGUCUUUAGUAAACAAUACAACAUUUUACGAAUACCCCACUUUUUCGCUAUUCGCGUGAGUAACGUUUGUUUUCUCUGUCAGAUUGAGAUUGUUUAUUUUAGUAUCACAUUAUGUCUAACGUAUAUGUUUCAUUGUAAAAUAUUAUAUGUCAUAUGUGAGCUUGACUAUGUAACGAUGACAUUAAAAAGGGACUGUUAUGUAAUUUAUGUGUAGUAUGAAAGAUAAAGUAAGCAAAUGCGCAGACAUUUCACAAGUCUUAAAAACCUAAGAGACAACUUCCUGAAAGUUGGGUAAAAAAAGUUUUGUAAAGGCGAAUUUUUUGCCGAUUGUACGUGCUGCAUUGUUGAGCUGGCAAAAUAAUUGUAAAUAAAGAAAUAAAUGCUAUAACAAAAUUUUAGUUUUUUGUUUAUUAAGAUUCCAUGGAGUAGUUAACAAAUGGAUGGUAAAAAUACAUUGAAUUUUAUUAAAACAAAUAAACCUGAUUGAGUUUAAUAUACAAUCAAAGUAAGACUCAGAACUGCAAGAUUAACGUAUCCAGAUGAGUCAUUCACGUAUACUUCGGUAAAUAUACAGUAAAAAUGUAACUCUCCAUUUGUUAUUUAUUCCGUGUUGGUAGAAAUACAAAGAAACUGGAAUUAUUUUUGUCUCGAAAUAUUUAAAGUGAUUGAGACAUAAUUCACAUUGAAGAAACAAGCGCCCAGUUUUAUAGAAGGUUAAAAUAAAUUGUAAUGAGAAUGAGAGUGAAAAUGUUUUUCAACGAAUGAACAAGAUUGUGUCGGCAAUAUAUUGUACAGUCAGCAUCAAAACUGAUAGUUUUAAAGUCAACGAAAACUUAUAAUAAUAAUAAAAAAUGUAUUUAGAACAACGAUUGCUUCCUACUAAAAUUAUAAAUAUCUUCUCAAAUGUAAAAUUUUUGUUGUUGACUGUACAAAGAGAGAUAAUAUUAUGAGAUUGAGAAAGAAAAUUGUUGGAAAGAAAUGUGUGAUUAAAAGUGAAUUUUCAGUGUACUAUGCAAGGCAUGGAUUACUCGAAAAGAUAAUACAAAUUACUGCUAGUCCUAAUUUGCAUCACACAAAAUUCGUGUAUGUUUGUUACAUGCUCUCGUACAAACGGCUGAACGGAUUCCGAUGAUAUUUGGCAGUAAUGUAGCUUAUAAAUCAGAGUAGAAUACAAGCUACUUUUCAUCCCGGUUUCAGGAAGUAGUUCCUUCAAGAAACAGUUGGCGGAAGGCUAGUUUUUCAAUCAAAAUAAUGUUCUUCGCUUUGCAUAGUCCCACUGAAAACUCACAAACUGCCGAAUGGUCUGAACAUAGUGUGACAAAAUGUAUAACUAUUGUAUAUUAUACUGUUCUGAAAAUAGUUUGUAUAAUCUGAAUGUCAGAAAAAAGUGGUGUUACUGUUUAUGAAAUUCUUACCUGCUGUGAGGCCAAAUAUGCACGAAUACUUUUUGUAUUGCUAUACAACUCCAUAGCUUUUUCAUGAGACCACAGACUUAGGAUCCGUUCACACAGACCGGCUCGGAGAGCAUCGGCGCGCAUUUUUUUUUUGACACAGACCGGAAACGGCUGAAAGAGUAUACAAUCGGAGGCAGACAUCUGAAAGACCGACAAAAAGUACGCGAUCGGAGCCGGUCAGCUUCACACCGAGCGCCUUCGAGCAUUCUUAAUGACAAAAGCAGUGCACAUGCAAAAAUAAACCUUACUACAAAUACUAAGUACUCAAUUUUCAACGUGUUAAGAAUUUGCUCUCCUCUCCGAACCGGUCUGUCUAAAUGGACCCUUAGGCUGCACUCAAACCAAACUGACAGUCAGCUGCCGAACGUGCCGUCGGUUAGAUGUGAACGAGAAAGUGAAUAUGUAUGGAAAUACAAUAAACUGCGUAACGUUCGCUCACAUUCGGCGGCUGACAGUCUAUUUGGUUUGAACACAGCCUUAGCGAGCGACCUAUCUGUUCAAUUUCACAAAAUACCUACUAGGCUUAUGGCUGGUGUAUUCUAAGAAAAGCCGUGGUCUUAUUUUUGUAGCCAAAUGUCGUAAAAACAUGACUUAUAAAGACUACUUUAGCUUCCUAAGUAUUUGAGAUUUUUAUCACGUUAUUGCGUUUUCACUUAUAUUAUUAUGCAAUUGAAUGAAUUAUUUGAACGAUUUUCAUAUUUUAAAACGAUUCUUGCAUGCUUUUUGGCAUACAUUUUCCCGCGAAGUUUUCACUUUUUUACAAAUCUUGUGUAUAAAAUAGGAAUCUUUACCUUAAACCCCGUUUUGAAUGGGAUCUGCGUCCAAAAAUAAGCAAUAUGUAUAAAAGUGUGAUUGUACGAACGUUAGACUUUGUGUACAAUGCUAAAUGUAUGUUAUAUGUUGUAAAUUAUGAUUAGAAAUACAAUUGGUGAUACGUA